AUGUUGGCCCACGCCGAACGAACCGCAAACAACAAUCCUGCGAGUGCGACCGCACAAAGCGCCUUUUAUUCUGCUCUUCUGCGAGCCAAUCUACCCAAGAUUGUGAUCGAGAGAUAUCAGUCUGGUCGAUAUGCCAGUAACGCAGCAACGGAUACCGCGUACCUCAAGGCUCUUCAAAUGGUUGGCUCCGUGCCCGCUCCGGGUGCUUCGAACGUAAGUGUGUCUGCAAACCAGGGCGACGGCCUGCCCCCACACACCCUUCGGGCCGUGGGCCAAGCAGUUGCAGGACAAAACUACGGUGGCUCGCUAGUCAUGCCCAGCAAUAAAUCCGGCACAGGCGCAAGAGAAGCACCUCUAUAUGUUGUGGUGGAAGAGUCAUGGGGUACUACAAUUCUCAAAUGGGUCAAGAUGUUCCUCUGGGUCGGUCUUGCUGGCUAUUUUCUCCUGGUCAUCCUCACCAUGGUCGUCGAGAUGUCGGGCAGUCUUCGCACGCGGGUUGGACAGAACAAUGAAGUUCAGCCCCAACAUCAGACUGUGCGGUUCAGUGAUGUCCACGGUUGUGAUGAAGCCAAAGAGGAACUACAGGAACUUGUGGAGUUCUUGAAGAAUCCCGACAAGUUUAACCAACUAGGUGGCAAGCUGCCCAAAGGUGUCCUUCUCGUUGGUCCACCGGGAACUGGUAAGACUAUGCUUGCUCGAGCAGUUGCUGGUGAGGCCGGUGUUCCCGUGUUCUACAUGUCUGGUUCGGAGUUCGACGAGCUCUAUGUCGGCGUGGGUGCGAAGCGAGUCCGUGAGCUUUUCUCCCAGGCGCGAAACAAGGCCCCUGCCAUCAUCUUCAUCGAUGAACUGGACGCUGUGGGUGGCAAGAGAAACGCUCGAGAUCCCGCAUAUGCCAAGCAGACACUUAACCAGUUGCUGACCGAGCUGGACGGAUUCAGCCCCAGUACUGGCGUAAUUCUGAUCGCCGCGACCAACUACCCCGAAUCCCUCGAUAAAGCACUCACUCGCCCUGGUCGGUUCGACCGCCACAUCGACGUUCCUUUGCCUGACGUCCGAGGUCGCAUUGAGAUCUUGAAGCAUCACAUGAGAAACAUGCCAGUCUCUGCUGACGUAGACGCCACCAACCUUGCCCGAGCGACAAGUGGCAUGUCCGGCGCAGAUCUCGAGAACCUGUGCAAUCAAGCUGCUGUUCACGCCUCCCGCCUGAAGUACAAGAAAAUCAACGCUCAAAACUUCGAGUGGGCCAAGGACAAGAUCCUGAUGGGCGCCGAGGCCAAAUCCCGAAUGAUUCGUGAAAAGGACAAGAUCCAAACGGCUUAUCACGAGGCAGGCCACGCUUUGGUCAACCUGUUUACCCCCUCCAGCAGUCAACUGUACAAGAUGACGAUCAUCCCGCGUGGCCGUGCUCUUGGUGUGACUCAUUUCUUGCCAGAAAUGGACGCCGUCAGCAUGGGUUACGACCAAUUUCUUGCUCAGAUUGAUGUUGCCAUGGGUGGUCGGGCGGCGGAAGAAUUGAUCUUCGGCCCCAACAAGGUGACCAGCGGGAUCGCCCACGAUGUCCAGAGCGCCACACGGACGGCAUAUCAUCUGGUCACUCAGUGUGGCUAUUCAGGCAAGCUGGGAAAUGUGGAUCUGGCGUCGGACUACAACAAUCUGUCCAGUGAAACCAAAAUGGAAAUUGAACGUGAGGUUCGAGACAUUGUUGAGGCAGGUAGACAAAGAGCCGACCGAAUCGUCAAAGAAAAGCGCAAAGAGCUGGAAGCUCUGAAGGACGCCCUCCUUGAAUUCGAAACGCUUGACCGAGAAGACAUCAACAAGAUUCUGCGAGGAGAAAAACUCAAACGUCUUGAAGUGGAACUGCGCGAAAAUGAUGACAGCAGCAACGGGAAUUCUCCUCGAGAAAACAGUCCGCCGCCGAAGAAGGAGAAAGAGAUCGGGCCUAAAGGGGUUGUAGGCAUCAAACUUCCGGAUGUCUUACUCCCUCCGGCAGCAGGCGGACGUCGGGGAGAGAGUGAAAAUGCUCGAGCAAGUGAACGGUGA